GGAUUUUUCAAAUCUAAUGAAUAUGGGAGGCCUCUUAGGGAACUCUCAUCAGACCACUUCGGAUGCAGUUCCUAUAGCAGAUACAGCAGAGACAAUUUAUAUAUCACCUCUAGCUUUACUCAAAAUGUUGAAGCACGGAAGAUCAGGAGUACCCAUGGAAGUGAUGGGACUGAUGCUCGGAGAAUUCACAGAUGAUUAUACAAUUAAAGUAACAGAUGUAUUUGCAAUGCCUCAGUCAGGAACAGGAGUCUCUGUAGAAGCAGUAGAUCCUGAAUACCAAACUAAUAUGAUAGAGCUUCUUAAACUCACUGGGAGACAUGAAGUUGUAGUCGGAUGGUACCAUUCUCAUCCAGGAUUUGACUGAUGGCUUUCUAUGGUCGAUGUAAACACCCAAUCUUCAUUUGAGAAAUUACACCAUAGAGCAGUUGCAGUCGUAGUUGAUCCAAUCCAAAGCGUGAAAGGGAAGGUAGUUAUUGAUGCGUUUAGAUUGAUCAAUCCUCAUGUUAUUAAUGCUGGUUCAGAACCAAGACAGACCACUUCAAACUGAGGGCACAUGAGAAAGCCUUCAAUGAUGAAAAUGAUGAGGGGGCUUGACCAACUCUACUACUCUAUUAACAUAAGCUUCAGAAAAUAAUGAACUCGAAAUGGCAAUGCUCCAGUACCAAGACAGGUUAGAUGAAACAGAGACCUUCAUUGAUAUUGACUACAAAGAAGAAGACACAGGUUACGAGCAAAGCUUAGAGGCCAUGGUCAAAACAGUCGAAGAAUACGGCAAAUGGAUUGACAUUGAAAGCAGAAAAGAUGAGAAAGAAAUGUCAAUCUACCAAGUUGGAAAGCUAAACCCGAAGAAUGAACUAAUGAAGAAUGUUGAGGAGAUAUCCACCAGCAGUGUUAAUGAAAAUCUUAGCCUUCUUGUUAAGCAUGAGACUUUCUAA